AUGACUCGUGGGAGGGCUACAUCUGUGUUCCAGUCACUGCUGCUGCUGCUGAGUCUGGUGGUUACAGUGAAGGCAGGAAUAGCAAUUCCACAAAAUCCAGGAUGUCCAAAUACUGGGAACAAGAACUUCCCCCAAAGUGUGAAGGUCAAUCUGAACAUCUUUAACCGGAAUACAAAUUCCAGAAGGCCCUCAGAUUACUACAACCGAUCCACUUCACCUUGGAAUCUCCACCGCAACGAGGACCCUGAGAGGUACCCCUCCGUGAUCUGGGAGGCCAAGUGCCGCCACUUGGGCUGCAUCAAUGCUGAGGGGAAGGUGGACUACCACAUGAACUCGGUCCCCAUUCAGCAAGAGAUCCUGGUCCUGCGAAGGGAGCCCCAGCACUGCCCCCACUCCUUCCGGCUCGAGAAGAUGUUGGUGGCCGUGGGCUGCACCUGUGUCACCCCCAUUGUCCGCCACGUGGCCUAA